CUUGAAAGAAAAGAGUCGACUUUCCUACACGCACAUAUCUAUCUCUCUUACUCUGCAAGUCUGUUUGGUUGGUGCUUGGUCUUCCCUUUGGAUUCUACGUCUCAUUGAAAUAUGGAGAACGGGCACGCAAACGGAGUUGCAGUAAUGGAGGGACUCUGCGUCAAGGGGCGGGAUCCGCUGGGAUGGGCUGCGGCGGCGAAGGCGGCGGAGGGGAGCCACCUGGAUGAGGUGAAGAGAAUGGUGGAGGAGUUCAGGCAACCUCUGGUAUUGCUCGGGGGAGCGGAGCUAAGUAUUUCUCAGGUCGCUGCAGUGGCCUCCGGCGCAGCCCCCGCCGUUGAGCUUGCAGAGUCGGCUCGUGCCGGCGUGAAGGCCAGCAGCGACUGGGUUUUGGAUAACACGAAUCAUGGCGGCGAUUACUACGGCGUCACCACCGGCUUCGGGGCCACCUCUCACCGUCGCACUAAACAAGCCGGCGCCCUUCAGAAAGAGCUCAUCAGAUUCCUUAAUGCAGGAAUUUUUGGAUCCAAUCCGAACAACACGCUGUCGCCGGCAACGACCCGAGCGGCGAUGCUGGUGAGAAUCAACACGCUUCUUCAGGGCUACUCCGGCAUCCGAUUUGAGAUCCUGGAAGCCAUUGCAAGCCUCCUGAACAACAAGAUAACACCUUGCCUCCCCCUGAGAGGCACCAUCACCGCCUCCGGCGACCUCGUCCCUCUCUCCUACAUUGCUGGAGUUUUGACAGGACGGCCCAACGCCAAGGCCGUAACUGCUGACGGAGUGGCCAUUGACGCCGCCGAAGCCUUCCGCCUAGCCGGAAUCUCUGGCGUAUUCUUCAAGCUUCAACCAAAGGAAGGGCUCGCCCUCGUCAACGGCACUGCCGUCGGCUCUGGCCUUGCCUCCAUCGUCCUCUUUGAGGCAAACAUUCUAGCCGUCAUGGCGGAGGUUUUAUCUGCUCUGUUCUGCGAAGUGAUGCAGGGGAAGCCCGAAUACACCGACCACCUCACCCACAAGCUGAAACACCAUCCGGGACAAAUCGAAGCCGCCGCCAUCAUGGAACACGUGCUCGAAGGCAGCUCUUACAUGAAGGUGGCGAAGAAGCUCCAUGAGAUGGAUCCACUACAGAAGCCGAAACAGGACCGCUAUGCUCUCCGCACCUCACCCCAAUGGCUCGGCCCUCAGAUUGAAGUAAUUCGCUCGGCGACCAAGUCCAUCGAGAGGGAAAUCAAUUCUGUGAACGACAACCCUUUGAUUGAUGUGUCGAGGAACAAAGCUCUCCAUGGAGGCAACUUCCAAGGCACCCCCAUCGGGGUUUCAAUGGACAACACAAGACUCGCCAUUGCUGCUAUUGGGAAGCUCAUGUUCGCUCAAAUCUCAGAGCUUGUGAAUGAUUUCUACAACAACGGGUUGCCUUCGAAUCUAUCGGGCGGGCGAAACCCGAGCUUGGACUACGGUUUCAAGGGAGCAGAGAUAGCCAUGGCCGCUUACUGUUCUGAGCUUCAAUACCUGGCCAAUCCGGUCACAAACCACGUGCAGAGCGCGGAACAGCAUAAUCAAGACGUGAACUCUUUGGGACUGAUAUCAUCGAGGAAGACGGCUGAAGCGGUGGAGAUACUAAAGCUUAUGACAAGCACUUUCUUGGUUGCAAUCUGCCAAGCCAUUGAUUUGAGACAUUUGGAGGAGAACUUGAAGAGUACGGUGAAGAAUGCGGUGAGCCUGGCGGCGAAGAAGACGCUGACAACGGGGGUUAAUGGCGAGCUCCAUCCCUCGAGGUUCUGUGAAAAAGACUUGAUUAAAGUGAUAGAUAGGGAGUAUGUGUUCGCCUAUGCCGACGACCCCUGCAGCUCAACCUACCCUCUGAUGAAAAAUCUGCGGCAGGUGCUGGUGGAGCAUGCCCUCAACAAUGGGGAGAAGGAGAAGGACUCCACCUCUUCCAUCUUCCAAAAGAUCGCGGCUUUUGAGGAGGAGAUCAAAGCUACGGUUCCGAAGGAGGUGGAGGCAGCAAGAGCGGCUUUUGAGAAGGGUUCCUCGGCCAUAGGGAACAGGAUCAAGGAGUGCAGGUCUUACCCUCUUUACAGGUUUGUGAGGGAGGAGCUUGGCGCCGGCUUCCUCACCGGAGAGAAGGUGAGAUCGCCGGGGGAAGAGUUCGACAAGGUAUUUGAUGCCAUUUCGGAGGGGAAGGCGAUUGAUCCACUGCUCGAAUGCCUGAAGGAGUGGAAUGGAGCGCCAUUACCUAUCUGCUAGAUUCAGCGGAGGGGGGCAAUAAUCAUGAAAUGGAUCAUUUUUUUUUUCUUUUUAUAAUUUUUAUGAACUUUUAUGUGCUAGUAUUUGUUGUUUAUUACUCGUUCUGUGUUUUGUACGCGGUCAUCCAUAUUGAUGCAAGUCCCAAUGUACUUAAAGACAACUUGAAAAUAUAUA